AGCACUCCCAUCUCGCAUCACCGGCGUGCAGCGCCCACGUGGCCCGCGAACACGGGGACUUCGGAACUGUACUCUGUGCUCCGGCUCGCGCGGGAACGGAAGCGAACGCGGACGGGGGGCGGCGCGCGCGGGCAUCACCCCACGGCGGCGGCGCGCCGGGUCCUGGGGCGCAGCCCCGACGCUCAUUGGCCUGGGCGGCGCAGCCAAGCUGUCAGCCCAUGUGGCGUGGCCGCGCGGGGAUGGCCGCGGUUUAAAUAGCGCCAGCGCGGCCUAGAGGGAGCCAGAGAGACGCAGCGGCGCCCCUCGCUCCUCCAGCCGCGCUCCGCUCUCUUCGUCCCCGCCAGCCGCCUGGUCCAGAGAGGAGCCAUGGAGGAGGUAGUGAUUGCUGGUAUGUCCGGGAAGCUGCCCGAGUCAGAAAACUUACAUGAGUUUUGGGCCAACCUCAUUGGUGGUGUGGACAUGGUCACAGAUGAUGACCGACGAUGGAAGGCAGGGCUCUAUGGCCUGCCCCGGCGGUGUGGCAAGCUGAAGGACCUAUCCAAGUUUGACGCCUCCUUCUUCGGAGUCCACCCCAAGCAAGCCCAUACAAUGGACCCUCAGAUCCGGCUGCUGUUGGAGGUCACCUAUGAGGCCAUUGUGGACGCAGGUAUCAACCCAGCCUCACUCCGAGGGACGAACACCGGUGUCUGGGUGGGUGUGAGUGGCUCAGAGGCUUCAGAGGCCCUGAGCCGAGAUCCAGAGAUGCUUGUGGGCUACAGCAUGGUGGGCUGCCAGCGUGCAAUGAUGGCCAACCGCAUUUCCUUCUCCUUUGACUUCAAAGGGCCCAGCGUCGCCCUGGACACAGCCUGCUCCUCUAGCCUGAUGGCACUGCAGAAUGCCUACGAGGCCAUCCGCAGUGGGGUGUGCCCAGCUGCCAUCGUGGGUGGCAUCAACGUGUUGCUCAAGCCUAACACCUCUGUGCAGUUUAUGAAGCUGGGCAUGCUCAGCCCCGAGGGCAUGUGCAAGUCCUUCGAUGAAACAGGGAGUGGAUACUGCCGCUCAGAGGCUGUGGUGGCUGUCUUGCUGACCAAGAAGUCCUUGGCCCCACGGGUGUACGCCACUAUCCUGAAUGCUGGCACCAACACAGAUGGUUCCAAGGAACAGGGCGUGACGUUCCCCUCUGGAGAAGCCCAGGAGCAGCUCAUCCGCUCCCUGUACCUGCCAGCUGGACUAGCGCCAGAAUCCCUUGAGUAUAUCGAAGCCCAUGGCACAGGCACCAAGGUGGGAGACCCCCAGGAGCUGAACAGCAUCACUCGGGCCCUGUGUACCUCCCGUCAGGACCCACUGCUGAUUGGGUCCACGAAGUCCAACAUGGGGCACCCAGAGCCUGCCUCGGGGCUUGCGGGUCUGGCCAAGGUUCUGCUAUGCCUGGAGCAUGGGCUCUGGGCCCCCAACCUGCACUUCCACACCCCCAACUCUGAGAUCCCAGCCCUGACUGACGGGCGGCUGCAGGUGGUGGACCGGCCUCUGCCUGUUCGCGGUGGCAACGUGAGCAUCAAUUCUUUUGGCUUUGGAGGCUCCAACGUGCACGUCAUCCUCCAGCCCAACAAGAAGCAGCCCCCUGCACCUGCCCCUGAUGCAGCCCUGCCUCGCCUGCUGCGGGCCAGCGGGCGGACCCUAGAGGCUGUGCAGAGCCUGCUGGAACAGGGUUGCCAGCACAACCAGGACCUAGCCUUUGUGAGCAUGCUCAAUGACAUUGCAGCCACCCCACCAUCAGCCAUGCCCUUCAGGGGUUAUGCCGUGCUGGGUGUGGAGGGUGGUGGCCAGGAAGUGCAGCAGGUGCCUUCGGGCAAGCGCCCACUCUGGUUCAUUUGCUCAGGGAUGGGCACACAAUGGUAUGGGAUGGGAGUGAGCCUCAUGCGUCUGAAUGGCUUCCGUGACUCCAUCCUGCGCUCUGAUGAGGCCCUGAAGCCAGUUGGACUGAAGGUGUCCAAUUUGGUGCUGAGCACAGAGGAAAACACCUAUGAUGAUGUCGUCCACGCUCUUGUGAGCCUCACUGCCAUCCAGAUUGCUCUCUUAGACCUGCUAACCUCUGUGGGCCUUAAACCUGAUGGGAUCAUCGGGCACUCGCUGGGGGAAGUGGCCUGUGCCUAUGCCGAUGGCUGUGUCUCCCAGGAGGAGGCUGUGCUUGCAGCCUACUGGAGAGGCCAAUGUGUCAAGGAAGCCAGCCUCCCAUCAGGCACCAUGGCUGCUGUGGGCUUGUCCUGGGAGGAGUGUAAACAGCGUUGUCCCCCUGGCAUCGUCCCCGCCUGCCACAACUCUGAGGACACAGUGACCAUCUCCGGACCUCAGGCUGCAGUGAGCAAGUUCGUGGAGCAGCUGAAGCAGGAAGGAGUGUUCGCCAAGGAGGUGCAGACAGGCGGCAUCGCCUUCCACUCCUAUUUCAUGGAGGCUAUUGCACCCACGCUGCUGCUUGCGCUCAAGAAGGUGAUCCGGGCCCCGCAGCCGCGCUCUGCCCGCUGGCUCAGCACUUCCAUCCCUGAGGCCCAUUGGCAGAGCACCCUGGCCCACACCUUCUCUGCGGAAUAUAAUGUCAACAACCUGGUGAGCCCAGUGCUAUUCCAGGAGGCUCUGCGCCACAUCCCUGAGGAUGCUGUGGUGGUGGAGAUUGCACCCCACGCCCUACUGCAGGCUGUCCUGAAGCGGGGCCUGAAGCCCAGCUGCACCAUUGUACCCCUGAUGAAGAGGGACCACAAGAACAACCUUGAGUUCUUCCUUACCAACAUUGGGAAGCUCCACCUUGCAGGCAUUGACGUCAACCCUAAUGGCUUACUACCUCCUGUGGAGUUCCCAGCACCCCGAGGAACCCCCCUCAUCUCCCCUCACAUCAAGUGGGACCACAGCCAGACCUGGGAUGUACCAGCUGCAGAGGAUUUCCCAAAUGGCUCAAGCUCCUCCUCCGCCACCAUCUACAACAUUGAUACCAGUCCCGAGUCCCCUGAUCACUACCUGGUAGACCACUGCAUUGAUGGCCGUGUCCUCUUCCCUGCCACUGGCUACUUGUUCCUCGUCUGGAAGACUCUGGCUCGCAGCCUUAGCCUAGCCGUAGAGCAGACACCUGUGGUGUUUGAGGGUGUGACACUGCACCAGGCCACCAUCCUGCCCAAGACAGGUACCGUACCCCUGGAGGUGCGGCUUCUGGAGGCUGCCCACACUUUUGAAGUGUCUCACAAUGGCAACCUGUUAGUGAGCGGGAAGGUGUACCAGUGGGAGGACCCCAACCCCAAGCUCUUCGACUACCCAGAAGGCCUGAGUCCCAGGGAGCCUGUGUCCACUCUCUGCCUAUCUCCAUUGGAUGUGUACAAGGAGCUGCGGCUGCGUGGUUAUGACUAUGGCCCUCACUUCCAGGGCAUCUUCGAGGCCAGCCCCAGAGGUGAACAGGGCAAGCUGCUCUGGAAAGACAACUGGGUGACUUUCCUGGACACCAUGCUGCAGAUUACCAUCCUUAACAGCAACCAGCGCAGCCUGUGUCUGCCCACCCGCUUCACUGACCUGCGUAUCGACCCUACUGUCCACCUGCAGAAGGUGCAGGUGCUGCCAGAUAAGACCCAAGUGGUUGACGUUGUGGUGAGCUCCACUCUGAGCACAAUAGUGGCCGGUGGUGUCCACAUCAUGCAGCUACACACAACAUCAGCCCCACGGCGGCAGCAGGAGAACAUGGUGCCCACCCUGGAGAAGUUCUGCUUCACACCUCACAUGGAGGCAGGGUGCCUGUCUGAGAAUAUGGCCCUGCAGGAGGAGCUGCAGCUGUGCAAGGGGAUGGCACAAGCACUGCAGACCAAGGCAGCCCAACAGGGGCUGAAGAUGGUGGUGCCUGAGCUGGAUAGAACCCUAACACCCCAAGAAGCCCUGCAGCAGGGACUGCCCCGACUGCUGGCAGCUGCCUGUCAGCUGCAGCUAAAUGGGAACCUGCAGCAGGCACUGGCACAGGAGAGAGCUCUGCUGCCCGAGGACCCUCUCCUCAGUGGCCUCCUUAACUCCCCAGCACUCAAGGCCUGCUUGGACACAGCCCUGGAGAACCUGCCUAGCCUGAAAAUGAAGGUGGUAGAGGUGCUUGCUGGCGAUGGUCACCUGUACACGCGCAUCCCAGCCCUGCUCAACACCCACCCCAUGCUGCAGCUGGACUACACAGCCACUGACCGCCAUCCCCAGGCACUGGAGGCUGCCCAGGACAAGCUACACCAACAUGAGGUUGCCCAGGGCCAGUGGGACCCAGUGGAACCUGCCCCCAGCAGCCUGGGUACAGUGGACCUCCUGGUGUGCAACAGUGCUGUGGCCACUCUGGGGGACCCGGCCCUGGCCCUGGCUAACAUGGCAGCUGCCCUCAAGGAGGGCGGCUUUCUGCUGCUGCACACUGUGCUCAGAGAACACACCCUUGGGGAGAUGCUGGCCUUCCUCACCUCGGAACCACAGAACGGGCCCAGCCUCCUGAGCCAGGAUGAGUGGGAGAGUCUGUUCUCGAAGACAGCACUGCGCCUGGUGGGCCUGAAAACAUCAUUCUAUGGCUCUGCGAUCUUCUUGUGCCGCCGGCCUGCCCCACAGGACAGCCCUAUCUUCCUUCCUGUAGAGGACACCAGCUUCCGAUGGGUGGACUCUCUAAAGGAUAUUCUGGCUGAGGCAUCCCCCCGGCCUGUGUGGCUGACGGCCCUGGGCUGCCCCACUUCAGGUGUGGUGGGCAUGGUGAAUUGUCUCCGCAAAGAGCCUGGCGGGCACCGGAUUCGGUGCAUCCUGCUGUCCAAUCUCAGCAGCAUGUCUCGUGUCCCCAAGAUGGACCCUGGCUCUGCAGAGCUGCAGAAGGUGCUAGAGGGCGACCUGGUGAUGAAUGUAUACCGUGAUGGGACCUGGGGUGCCUUCCGCCAUUUUCUUCUGGAGCAGGACAAGCCCAAGGAGCAGACAGCACAUGCCUUUGUGAAUGUCUUGACUCGUGGCGACCUUUCCUCCAUCCACUGGGUCUGUUCCCCACUGAAGUAUGCCCGGCCCAUCAGCCCAGAAAUGCAGCUGUGUACUGUGUACUAUGCCUCACUCAACUUCCGGGACAUCAUGCUGGCCACGGGCAAGCUGUCCCCUGACGCCAUCCCAGGGAAAUCGCUUAACCGGGACUGCUUGCUGGGCAUGGAGUUCUCGGGGCGUGAUGCACGAGGCCGGCGUGUGAUGGGGCUGGUGCCCUCUGAAGGCCUGGCCACUUCUGUCCUACUGCCAUCAACCUUCCUCUGGGAUGUGCCCUCCAGUUGGACACUGGAGGAGGCAGCCUCUGUGCCCGUCGUCUACAGUACUGCCUACUAUGCACUUGUGGCCCGGGGACGCAUGAAGCAUGGAGAGACAGUGCUUAUCCACUCAGGCUCAGGCGGGGUGGGCCAGGCCUCAAUUGCCAUUGCCCUCAGCCUGGGCUGCCGUGUCUUUACCACCGUAGGCUCAGCUGAGAAGCGGGCCUACCUCAAGGCCAGGUUCCCCCAGCUUGAUGACACCAGCUUCGCCAACUCAAGGGACACGUCUUUUGAACAGCAUGUGAUGCUACACACAGGCGGGAAGGGCGUUGACUUGGUCCUCAACUCCCUGGCGGAAGAGAAGUUGCAGGCCAGCGUAAGGUGCCUGGCUCAGCAUGGCCGCUUCCUGGAAAUUGGCAAAUUUGACCUUUCUAACAACCACCCAUUAGGCAUGGGCAUUUUCCUGAAGAACGUCACCUUCCACGGGAUCCUGCUGGAUGCACUCAUGGAGGAAAACAACCCCCAGUGGCAAGAGGUGUCGGCCCUCCUUCAGGCUGGCAUCCGUGAUGGGGUGGUGCAGCCCCUUAAGUGCACUGUGUUUCCCAAGGCCAAGGUGGAAGAUGCCUUCCGCUACAUGGCCCAGGGGAAGCACAUUGGCAAAGUCCUUGUCCAGGUACACGAGGAAGAGCGAGAAUGCAGCCUGCAGGGAGCACAGCCAGUCCCCAUGGUUGCCAUCUCCAAGACAUUCUGUCCAUCUCAUAAGACCUAUAUCAUCACGGGCGGCCUGGGCGGCUUUGGCCUUGAACUGGCAGAGUGGCUGCUGCUUCGAGGGGCCCAGAAGCUUGUGUUGACCUCUCGCUCUGGGAUUCGCACAGGAUACCAGGCCAAGCAGGUCAGUGACUGGAGGACCCGGGGUGUCCAAGUACUAGUGUCCACCCGAGACGCCAGCUCCCUGGAGGGAGCUCGUGCCCUCAUCGCAGAGGCCUCGCAGCUCGGGCCAAUUGGAGGCAUCUUUAACCUGGCUGUGGUCUUGAGGGAUGCCAUGCUGGAGAACCAGACCCCAGAGCAGUUCCAGGAUGUAAACAGACCUAAGUACAGUGGCACCCUGAACUUGGACAGGGUGACCCGGGAAGCCUGCCCUGAGCUGGACUACUUUGUGGCCUUCUCCUCGGUGAGCUGUGGCCGUGGCAAUAUGGGCCAGAGCAACUACGGAUUCGCCAACUCCACCAUGGAGCGCAUCUGUGAGCAGCGCCGGCAUGAUGGCCUCCCAGGCCUUGCUGUGCAGUGGGGUGCCAUUGGUGACGUGGGCAUUUUGCUGGACAUGAUGGGGAAGAGUGACACAGCCGUGGGUGGCACACUGCCCCAGCGCAUUGCCUCCUGCCUGGAAGUGCUGGACCUCUUCCUGCAGCAGCCCCAUGCAGUCCUCAGCAGCUUUGUGCUGGCUGAGAAGGCAGCAGCCCGUAAGGACAGCAAAGGACAACAGGACCUGGUACAGGCGGUGGCACACAUUCUUGGCAUCCGUGAUCUGGCUGGAAUCAACAUGGACACCUCACUUGCGGACCUGGGUCUGGACUCGCUCAUGGGCGUGGAGGUGCGCCAGACCCUGGAGCGCGAGUUUGACCUGGUGCUAUCUAUGCGUGAGGUGCGGCAGCUCACACUGCAGAAGCUUCAGGAGCUGUCCUCCAAGCCUGGCCCAGCCAGUGAGCUGGCGUCCCCCAAGGCCAAGGAGGGCAUCCAGACCCGGCCACAGGCCCAGCUGAACCUGAGUACGCUUCUGGUGAACCCUGAGGGCCCCACCUUGACACGGCUCAACUCAGUGCAGAGUGCUGAACGGCCACUCUUCCUGGUGCACCCCAUCGAGGGCUCUACCACUGUGUUCCACAACCUGGCUGCCAAGCUCAGCGUGCCGACCUAUGGCCUGCAGUGCACCCAAGCUGCCCCACUGGACAGCAUCCAGAGCCUGGCCGCCUACUACAUCGACUGCAUCAAGCAGGUACAGCCUGAGGGGCCCUACCGUGUGGCUGGCUACUCCUAUGGUGCCUGUGUAGCCUUCGAGAUGUGCUCCCAGCUGCAGGCCCAGCAGGGGCCAGCCCCCGCCAACAAUAGCCUUUUCCUGUUUGAUGGCUCGCACACCUAUGUGCUGGCAUACACCCAGAGCUAUCGUGCGAAGAUGACCCCAGGCUGUGAGGCAGAGGCCGAGGCGGAGGCCAUAUGCUUCUUCGUGCAGCAGUUCACUGAUGCUGAGCACAACAGGGUACUGGAGGCACUGCUACCACUAAAGGGCUUGGAGGACCGUGUGGCUGCCGCUGUGGACCUCAUCACCCAGAGCCACCAGGGCCUGAGUCGCCGGGAGCUGAGCUUUGCCGCUCUGUCCUUCUACCACAAGCUGCGUGCAAUCGAGCAGUACACACCUAAGGCCAAGUACCACGGCAAUGUGACACUGCUCCGGGCCAAGACCGGAGGCGCCUAUGGUGAGGAUCUAGGUGCUGACUACAACCUCUCACAGGUGUGUGAUGGGAAGGUGUCUGUGCAUGUCAUCGAGGGUGACCACCGCACACUGCUAGAGGGCAGUGGCCUGGAGUCCAUCAUCAGCAUCAUCCACAGCUCUUUGGCUGAGCCUCGUGUGAGUGUGCGGGAAGGCUAGGCUCCCAGCCACUGCUGGGCCCAUCACCAGGGACCAUGCCGACACCCCACACCCAUUCCUGGUGUGCAGGGGCUGGGGAAGGUCCCGCUGGUGGAACCUGCCCACGGCCUAGUACCACCACCUCCCCUGGGGGCUGCUAAAGUAGGACUGUGACACAUGUCCCAUCUACCCGCCACAUCCUAGUGGGCACCAGGGGACCCCAGAGCUGCUGACUCAGAGACACUUUUGGUCUGUGAAGAGCCAGUGGGACCGGCAGAGCCGGGCUGAGCCUUUUGUACCAUGUGGAGUUGGCCACGCUGGUUGGUUAUUGUUUCUCCAUUUAGAUUCUCAUAUUUAUUACAUUCCUGGGAAAGACCCCCAGGGCUGGUCCCCAUCCUGUGAAGAUGGCAGGCUCCUGGGGGGCACCACACCUUCUCUUUCUACUGUGCACAUGUGCUGCCCAGGCCUGCCGGCAGGGGUCCCAUCAACCAGACCCUGCUCCUGCUUACUGCAAGGAGGGCUGGUCCCUGGGUCCCCAGUUCCCGGCUGCACCCAUGAUGUAGGGCCAACCUGGCCCCGCGGACCGCACCGGGCACCAACCUGCAUUUGUGUUUGUUUUACGAUACACAAUUCAAAUUGCUGCUUAGAUUUUGAAUUUGAUGUAACUGUCAGUGUAAAGAACCAUGUCUAGAUCUUGUUUCAUUUUUACACCAACUUGAUAAAAAUGCUGCUCUUGAUCCCAUCCCCUGAGCCUCCCCACUAUUAAAGCGCACGUGAGCUCCA